GGAAGCAUUAGCAGCCCUGCUGAGCUCCCACCAACACCUCUGGAACCAUGCUCAGCUCUCUCCUGCGCUCAGCGCUCGUGUUAGCAGCAGUCUGCUGUCUUACAAAUGCAGAGAGCGUCAUCACUUGUGAGAACGGGAUGCAGCGACUGAGUUGUGAUGAAGGAGUGAUCAGUGUGCUCAAAGUGGCCUACGGACGGACUGACAGACAGACCUGCAGUGAAGGCAGACCUCCAGCACAGCUGGCCAACACUGCAUGCUCUCAAAAAGGCGCUUUGGAAGCCCUUGCAAGCAGCUGUAACGGUAGGAAAGUAUGUGAAGUGGACAAAAGGAUCUUCGGCGGCGACCCCUGCUAUGGCACCUACAAAUACACCCAAACCACGUACACCUGCCUCACUGCAAAUCAUGUCGUCGCCUGUGAGCUUUCCACGGCGGAACUCAUCUGUGAACAAGAGGAAGUGAUAAAGGUUAUUGGGGCAUUUUAUGGGCGCAACGACCGCACCACCUGUAUAUACGGUCGUCCUAACAAACAAAUUGAAAAAGUCACCUGCUUAAGUACAACUGCGACAUCAACGGUAGCUAAAAGCUGUGACGGUAAACGCCGUUGUACUGUCUAUGCUGUGAACUCAAAGUUUGGGGAUCCCUGUUAUGGGACCUUCAAGUACCUGGAACUGGCUUAUACGUGUGAAUGUUCCCACUGAGGAGAGCAGCAGGCCUACGCUACAAACACCAACAUCUGGAGACGCAUGCCCCCCCCCCCCCCCCCAG